AUGCGGCCAGGUCUGCAGGCACCGCGCGACAUCACCGACCUGCAUGCUGACCUGACAGCUCUGCAGACACCGCGCGACCGCAUCGACCUGUCUGCUGACCUGGUGGAAACUACGCGAUGUCUGAUGGGCGGCUGUCCGGUAGCCCUGAUGAUCCCGUUCUUCCCGCUGGGGGCGCGCCGGCGCGGCGUCUCGCAGACGGUGACAGACGCUGUGUUCAGCUGCUUCGCGCUGGCACAGCUGGUGGUGUACCCGCUGACGGGCCGCCUGGUACCUCGCGUCGGAGCCAGCCGCAGCUACAGCCUUGGACUGGUGCUGGCCGGUGUCUCGACCGUGGCCUCCGGCGUGCUGCCACUGAUCGACAGCACACGCGCCUUCAUCGCCGCCUGCUUCGUGACGCGCGUGGUGGAGGCGGUGGCGAUCAGCGCGCUCAACACGGCCGCGCUCACCGUCGUCGCCAACAAGUUCCUGGAGCGCACCAACACGGCCGUCGGCAUCACUGAGACGAUGACGGGCGUCGGCAUCUCGCUCGGUCCGGCCAUCGGCGGCGGCCUGUACCAGCUGGGCGGCUAUGGGCUGCCGUUCUACGUGCUUGGCGUGCUGAUGCUGACGUGCGCCGGACUCACGGCGCUGCUCAUGCCGUCUGUGGGCAAGCCGGUGCGGCGGACCCACGCCUGCCCCUGGCCUACGCUGCGGGUGUUCGCCGGCUCCGCCGAGGUCCGGCUGUGCUGCGUGAUGCUGCUGACCGUCUCCAUCAGCUGGACGGCCAUCGACCUAAGCAUCGAGCCGUACGUGGUUGUUGCAAUCAGCGUCACACCCGCGCAGCUGAGGCUCUACUUCCUGGCGGUCGCCUGCGCUUGCAUCCCCUUCAGCGCGGUCUGGGGGCGCGCGCACGACUCCGUGCAUAACACCCAUGCACUGACGACACCGUGCAUAGUGGGCGCGGCGCUCGGGCUCCUGCUGCUGGCGCCGUCGCCGCUACCGUACGGUCUGCGGCCCUCCUGGUGGCUGCUCGGAGUCGGCUGGACCAUCAAGGAGAUCUCGCAGCGCGGGGCUUUCAUCCCGCUCUUCAGCAGGAUCUUAAAGACCUGUCUGACAAGCGGACUCGGAGAUACUGUUGUGACACAGUUGUUUGUGUCCAGCGUAUUUUGGACGGUGUUCUCCGUAGGUAAUGUGAUGGGAUCCACUGUGGGUGGCAUGAUCUUCGAUGUGACCAGCUUUCCGGUGCUGGCGACGGUGCUGGCCGGUUGGACGCUGCUGGUGGCCGCGGCGUCGGGUACCCAGGCGUUCAGGGUACACCUCGAGUCGCGCUCCUCCAGCAGCUCGGCCGCCACGCCCGAUGGAGCCGAGUAA